CGCCACUUUAUUUGCUGAGGGCUCAACCCGUCACGCAGCACCAGGAAAUGGAGGAGCUGCGUUGAUGAGUGUGUGUAACUGCGGCCGACGGAGAGACAGCGAGAGAACUGGGAGGGGAAACGAGCAGCGGAGCAGUGAACAGGCGACAACUCUUCUAACUUUUUAAGGACCUCGUGCAUCAGCAGGUGAAGAUGAGCGACGCCAGUGAGCCCAAAGUUGAACUUUUUGUGAAGGCGGGCAGCGAUGGUCAGAGCAUCGGCAACUGUCCCUUCUCCCAGCGUCUCUUCAUGGUGCUGUGGCUGAAAGGAGUCACCUUUGACGUCACCACAGUGGAUAUGAAGAGGAAGCCAGACAUUUUGAAGGACCUGGCUCCGGGUGCCCAGCCUCCCUUCCUGUUGUAUGGCAGCGAGGUGAAAACCGACACCAACAAGAUUGAGGAGUUCCUGGAGGAAAAUCUCGCCCCUCCGAAGUAUCCUCGUAUGGCCGCUCGUAACCCAGAGUCCAACACAGCGGGCAUGGAUGUUUUCUCCAAAUUCUCCGCUUACGUCAAGAACUCAAACCCUCAGGCCAAUGAGAAUCUAGAGAAAGGUCUGCUGAAGGCUCUGAAGAAGCUGGAUGACUACCUUGGCUCCCCACUUCCUGAUGAGAUUGACGAGAAUAGCGCUGAUGAAGUCACUUCCUCGUCCCGCCCCUUCCUGGACGGCCAAGAGCUUACUCUGGCUGACUGCAACUUGCUGCCUAAGCUGCACAUCGUGAAGGUGGUGUGUUUAAAAUACCGAAACUUCAGCAUCCCUGAGUCUCUGACAAACCUCUGGAGGUACCUGAACGCUGCGUACGCCAGGGAGGAGUUUUCCUCCACCUGCCCGGUCGACGAGGAGAUCCACAUCGCCUACUCCUCUGUAGCUAAGGCUCUCAAGUAGGAGGAAAACAGGAUGCACAAGAACACACCAGCAGAACAACAUACAAAAGCACAACACACAUACUCAGCUGCACACAGCGAGCGUUCACACUGCAAGCAAUGUGGUCGAUCUGUUUCUCAGGAGGCUUUCGUUGCAUCUGUAAGAUAAUUUUUUUUUUGCAGCUUUAAAAGUUGAUAUUACCUUUUUUUAUGUUAGAUCAUUCUGAUAGGGUACACUGUCGUUUGUUUUAGAGUGGGUUAUUCAUGUAGUUUUCACUAUAAAAGGAAUCAACUAAUCUUUUCACAUUAACAUAAAUAUACAAGUUGUAUUUAUUUCAAGUUAAUUAAACGUUUGUUUGCAUUUUCUGAUCAUUUCAGGAAGUAUUUUGACUUAAAAUGGUGAGUUAAUUAACAUACUGUUCUAUGAAGUUCUGACUCAUUAAAUUGUGUUUCUAAAGAAACAUGAUCAGCAUAUUUGCAGACUUCCCAGCAUGCAUUGUUUGAGAGUGCCUGAGGCCCUUCUUUUUUCGUUUGAAGAUAACAUAUAUGAUGGAAACCUGUGUCUCUAAUACACAGAAAUUAAGAACUGACUCUGCAAACUAAGAAAAUGUAAAAAUAAAUCUGUUUGUAAUGUUCAUUGUUGGUUCAACUUAAUAUCUGAAGCUUAUUGAACGUGUUUUCUCAAGUUUAGUUAACUUAACUCAAUUGGUUUUACAACUUAUAUAUGACUUAAUAACCCUUCAGCCUAAGUUCAGUUAACUCACAUUUGUAAGGCAGCAAAUUAAGUUGAACCACAUCAAAAUUAUUUACAGCGAGGGAUGCCUUUUAUUUGCCUCGUGGAUCCUUUAUAUCAGUAAGAAGACGAGGAAGCACAGAAAUCAGAUAAGCUGAUGUAAAAAAAACAAAUAUGCACACAAAAAGUCAACUCUGGCUUAAUUUAUUAUGCUAACAAGCUUGUUGACUGCCCGCAUAUCUACCAAGUUUUCCUGGUAAUUCAGCUCUCCAGGAAUUUAAUGAACUCCUGGUAACCUGUAGACCAUGUUGCUUGCAGGCUCACACACACACACACACACACACACACACACACACACCACUCACUCAUUGUUCACGCAAGUGCACACACUUGCGUGAACAUUUUCACACACUUAAAACUACAGCCUUGCUUGUGUACAGUUUCACCAUCAGUAGAUACACACUGUAAAGUUGGAAAUUGAUUAAGUUUGCUCCAGUAUAUUGUUGAUUUUUUUUUUUUUUUUUUUUUUGAGGGGAGGGGGUGGGGGGGGUUCAUACACAAAGCUGCCUACCAGAUUAAACUUUCACUAGUACCUUGCAAGCCUCACACAAGCUGAUUCAACUCUCAUUUUCAGACUUGGUAUUAAGGAAAUGGGUUUUGUGAUGGUGACAAACACAUACCAGCGCCAGCUCACCUGCCAAAGUGUCUUUUGUGGUUUGUAUGUAAUCACAGAUGCUUCAUAUUGACUUUAUUAUUUCCUUACUGAGGAAACAACGCCUUUGACACUUAACGACUGCAAACCAACUCCUUUUUGAACGGUUUCUUAUUCUCCAUAGUGCACCACGCAGAGGAAAGGGGGUGCUUUCUACCCCCGGCCUGCAGAUCACAAUUUGCUUUAGGGAGGCAGAGCUGCAAACAUUUACAGGGACAGGAAACUAUUUCAAUAGACUUGGGCUUCCCCUUUCUGUGCUCCCACAGCAGGCGAGAAGGACUAUUUAAGAUUACCAUGGCUGUUUGUGAUCCGCUGUCAGGGCUCCGUGCCAACAGUUUAUUUUGUUCUGCUGUCAUGUAUGAAGGAUCCUGUGUCAUAUAAAAGAGAGAGAUAACGGGUUGUGAUUGUAUUCAAGGUGCUGUGGGUAAGGAAGUAAAGGCUAAAUUGCCACACAGAAAGCACUUGUCCUGCCUCCUGUAGUAGCUCGGGGACACAAGGCCUGUUCUGUUGCAUGGGUAAAAAAAAAAAAAAAGAACAGCAGGAAGUUAAAUAUAAACUGCACAAUGUUGAAAAUAGCACUUGCAGCUUUAGAUUGUUGCUUGUUGUUAAUUAAAAAAUCAGGCUGGUAAUAUUCUAUAAUCUUCUUAUUGUCAACAAAGAGCAAAACCAGCAAGACAUUAUGUCAUUGUUCACUGCGCCCAGUCAGUCCUAAAUCAAUACACAUUUGUUGCACUAAUGGGUGUUUAUAGAAGGACGGUGUAUUUGGGAGCUAUUUAAAAUGAGGUUGACAUUUUUUGGAUUGCCAUUAAAUUUGGUUCAUGUCCCCCUGAGGAUGAAUUGUAGCAACUUUGAUGAUCCCAUAACCUUUUAAUCUUUUAGACUUUUUACUUCAUUCCUAUCUGUACAUUGUGUUUAUGGAUAAUUCAUGUUAGCAUGCUAACCAGUGGUAUAUUGCUGGGUAUAUGCAAGUAUACAAAGGUAUACUUACUUUUUACUUACUUACUUAUUUAGAUCAAAGCUGCCCUGUGUAGUAAGUCAAGACUCACAGAGCUCUUGUUAAUAGUUUUUGGACAACAAUUGAGGAACGACAUCCUUUACAUCAGGAUUUGGUUUCAGUAGUUUUCAGACUGUGGUCUUGGGGACCAACAGGGGUCCUUGAGUGGGUUGUAGGGACUCCCCACCAAAAAAAAGGAAUAUUUAAAUUGUUAUCACAUUUUUUGGAAGUUGGAACAACAAGGAAAGAAAUAGGCUUGGCUGUGUUUUAUUGAUUGUAAUUGAUAGUGAUCAGUGACAGGUCAUUGAUUCAGUAUGAAGACUUAAAACUAAAAUCCUCCGUGAUCUAGUGGGUUAUCUAUUGUGGGGCUCCUUGACAUGGAAAAGUUUGAAAACCUAUGGGUUAAAACAUUGUUGGUUUUUGUCUUUUCAUGGGAUUUGUUGACAAUUAGAAUUUUGUAAAAUAUCACCUGACUUGUCAUUAAAUUAAAACCGUUGUAUAUUUAGUGAUUACAGGCUGUCACUUAGCCGUCUUGUGUUGUCCGUUAGAUCAAUACGCUCUUGGGAGUCGGAAAAUUCUUGUAAAAGUGACUUGAAAUUUAACCGCUGGGAAGAACUGGAACCAAUAACAACACGCCUCGUCCGACUGUUGUACCAGGAGGAUUUUUAUUAACUUGAAGGCGCUAUGCAGAUUAACAUUUAUAAAGGCUGUUUGCGAUUAACACUUGAUUUAUACAGCAGGUAGCGAUGUGAGCAUCUUUGUUGUGAGCUCAAGAUUGCCUCAUUAUGUGUCUCUCGGAUCAGGGUGAAACAAAAUGAAACCUAAGUGCAAUUUAAAGUGUUUGCAAAGACAGUCUUGUACACAGACUUUGAUUAUACGUCCAGUGUGAGCACAGUUGGUUAUUUUUCUAUGUGAUUUUAAUCACACAAGUUAAAUCCUUCCUUCAUGAACUGCGAGGUGUGACAGUGUUGGAUCAAAGAGAUGAUACUGUAUAUUUCAUUUGACUGAAUUGUUGUGGAUUUCAUCUAUUUUCUAAAAUGGACCAACGUUUAAAGGGAUCGUGUCAGAAUAAUUUCUUACUGUAGGACAAUUUCAGGGACCAUUUAACUUGAUAUAUUCUUUAAAAUGUUACUUUCAUUAGUUUGUUUUUCACUUCUGUCUCUUAACUAUUUUUUUAAGUCUUCAUAUACAUGUAUUUUCUUUGUCAUGAGACCCAUAUUGCUUUUCCUACCCUUGUGCAACUCCUUACAAAUAUUUUAGCCUUUUUUCUGUCUUUUUAUGCUGUUUGCCAUGUAGCUGAAAGCAGUUGCACUUAACAAGUCCACAGUAUCAAAACUGAGGGGUACUAAAGCAGUAGAUCUAACAAUCAAGACAAUCAAACUAAUAGCACCGCUGAAAUGUAUUUUGUACUUUAAAGCUCUUACAAAGACACACGUAUUAAUAUCCCAAUAAAAAAUAUCUUGAUAAUAAAUCAA